CUACCACAACUAUGUAUUCCUAAAAUCACAUGGCCAAAAUGCUGUCCUGGUUCAACAAGUGUCGGAGGGUGCAUACCAUGCAAAGCUGCAGGAGCCUGUGGAAUGCCAGGUUUCGGAAUGCCUGGGGCUGGAAUGGCUGGAUUUGGGAUGCCCGGGUUUGGAAUGCCUGGGGCUGGAAUGACUGGGGCCGGAAUGGCGGGGGCUGGAAUGGCUGGCUCUGGAACGUCAGGAGCACAGGGAAAAGCCGGUCUUCCACUAGCUGGUGGUGGAGGUGCUCAAUUGGCCGUAGCGAUCCCAAUUGCAUCGGCUCCGGUUGCUGCCAUUCCUGUCAGUGGUGGUUCUAUGGCAUCAUCUUCGGCAAAUGCUCCCGGUGCUGCUGCUUCUUCUUCAUCACUUGCUGUGCCUUCGCUUACAGGAUUAUCUGCUUCUGGCGUUGCAGCUCCAUCUUAUGCUCUACCUGCUGCAUCUUAUGCUCUGCCUGCAUCUUCUGCAGGUGGAGGAGGUUAUUCAGCUUGAAACGGACACCGAAAAUAUUCUCCAAAUCCAUAAAUUUGAACGCAUUUUGUGCGAGCACUUCAAAAGCUGCUGUUAGUUCGUAUGAGUUCGUUGCUGCUUUCCUUGACAACUGCAUGAUGACAGUCAAGUGA